AUGCAAAUAAACACGUCACUUAUUCAAGCUUAAAGAGAUGCCUUAAAUUCAAUCCUUAAACCAGACAUAAGAAUUCCUUGGAAAAUACUAUGUUAUGAUUAAUAUUGUGAAAAAAAAUUAUCUACUAUUUAUAGAGUAGGAGAUUUGAGAGAAAUGUGUAUCACUCUUCAUUUUAAUCUUGAUUAAAAUCGAGAGAGAUUACAUGGUGUCACAGCAAUAUAUUUUAUACAACUUACACUAAUUAAUAUAGAAAAAUUAGUUAAUGACUUUAAUAGAGAUCUCUAUUCUGAAGUUUAUAUUAAUUUCUCAUCUCCUAUUGAAAAUAAUUUAUUAGAAUUUAUGGCUAAGGAAAUUAGUAAAAUUAGUGGAGCUGUAUAAAAAAUAUAUGAAUAUAAUCUUGACUUUGUUGCUCUUAAUCAUAAUUUCUUUAAUCUAGAAAAUCAAGUUAUAAAUGGAUUAUUCUCUAUUAUUAUGGCUCUUAAAGUUUAACCAUUAAUUUUAUUCCAAAAGAAUUCUAAAAUUGAAUAAAUUGAAAAAGAAUUGAUUGAAAAACUCAAGUAACUUGAAUUCAAUUCUGAUUAUCCUCUUUUAGCAAUUAUAUUACCAGAUAGAGACAUCGAUCUAAACACUUUAAUAAUGCAUUCUAAUACAUAUUGA